AUGCAGGCUCAAUCAUUGCGCCAACAGGCACGUUCCUCCUCCCAGCAGAGUCUCGCCGUCAUCAAGACAUUACUUAGUGCCAGUUUCGGAUGUAUCGCUUACCUUCGCAAUCUACUUCCAGAUGAAAACUUCGGCGAGGCUCGGUUAACGUCGGGACUACGAGGCUCAAUGGCUUUCGAUUCACAAGAAACCUCUAUAAAUACGAACUCUAGACUCAUAAGUGGCGUCCGCGUGAAAACCGUGACUCGUGGAUAUUCGACAGAGGCGGAUAAACUACUUAAUUAUCUGGAACACGGGAUUUUUGACGCAAUUGAGCGACAAUACUUGAAGAGCUUUAUUUUCGCAAUAUACUUGGACAAUGCCGAUCCUAAUAACAUCGUGGAAUCCUACACCUAUAACUUAACUUACUAUACGGUACCAGGAACCUCAACCACAGUUCCUGUCAUGUCACUUGAUGAUCGUCUCAACGAUUUAUCCCUUAAUCCUUCUUCCAAGCUAAACGACUCAGACGCUGUUGCGAAAGCGAUAUCCAACGGGAAAGCGCCAACUCUUGGAGACGUCAAACAGAGCGUAAAAGAUUUGGUCAAGAAACUAAUUGUUGCAACGCAGUCAUUAGACCCAUUACCGAAACGUCGUUUUGCCACUUUCAAGCUAUUCUAUAGAGAAAAUACACCCCAGGAAUACGAGCCCCCUUAUUUUCGACCCGGAGACCCAGAGAAAGACAAGUUUGUCUUUACGACUCACGGAAGAUCCGAGGUACCGGAGAAAUUCAGUAUUGGCGCCAUCUCAACACCGUACCAUGGAAUCGAUUUGCAAGUGCAGUCUGUUGUGAAAUUUUUGCCAAAUGAUGCUAUCGAUGAAUCUCAAUAUCUGGGCAUCGAGGAAGUCACGAAGAAAGGUUUUGGGGCUCUUCAGAGAGCCACAGAUACAACUGGGCGGUCUCGACAGCUGGAAGAUCAACGGAAGGACGCAGAAGAGCGCAAGUUCGCCUGGAGCGCCGAAGACUCUAAAUUGACCAACGACGAUGCGGAUGGAGAAGCUGAUCCCGACUAUAUCAACGACUCGGGCAUCGGAUUCGGUGGCUUGCUUGGCUUGAGGAAAGCGGAUGGAAGUAUCGCUCCGAUUGAGCGCGAGGCUGACGAUGCAAUGGACAUCGACGAAUCCAGCGUGAAGUUCUUUGGAAAACCCGAUGUGACUCCAACCAAGCUUGGGCAGCUUGGGGCGAAGAGAAUAGAAACAGAAGACCUGGAGGCGACACAACAGCUUGAGUCGACUCAAGCGCGUUCUUUGAUGAGCACUGCUCCUGGGUAUCCGAACAGACCACACACUGCUCUGGAAACUCUUGGCAUUGCAACAGCCGACAGUCGGGGAAUCGAUACCCAAGCUCUAAAGGCAAUCUUCGAUCAAUCUGCUGCGGACAAGGAUGAAAUACUUGACAUCGAGACGCAAGUGGAGAACCACAUCGGCCGUGAUUAUACUAAAUCACACUCGCAGGACCAUGUUGAUGACAGUGCUCCUAAGACUCCUUUGUCCAGGGCGUCGGACGUUAGAGCUGCUACGGAAACCAUAAGUUGUGCUUGCGGACAUGAAGAUGAUGACGACGUAGUCUUCUGUGAGGCCUGCGGAAAGUGGCUUCAUAUUAGGUGCAUGGGUUAUCUUUCAGCCAAUGAUUCUCGACUCCCCCAGAAAUAUGUCUGCAUCCCGUGCCGCUUGCGAGGUGAUGUGAAAUUCGACCUGAUUAAGCACACGUUCCCUGAAAUCCUUGCUGCAUAUGAGGAACUGAUAAAUUUCCGUCGAGCCAUCAAAAUUGCAGAAGAGCAUAGCCCCGGGAGCCUGAAGGUCUUCCGGAAACUGUCUAAAUGCAAUGCCUCACUUGCCGAGCAACUAUGGAACCGGCUUGAACACGAAGGUGGGAACGACUUUGAAUCUCAUCAGGAUGCGAUAACGAGUAUGAUUUGCAUAGGCUUUAUAUCGCUUGAGGUAACGGAGACAGACAGUCUUGGGUUGCUAGAGACGCGUUCUCGCGGAACGCGUUCGACAGCUCGGAAGGUCAAAAGUGCGAAGCAGAUUCAGAAAUAUGUUUUCCACGCAGCAAGCAAGAAGACGGCUUUGUACCGGGAUUACUUUAGCCCUGAUAGCGAGGCGGAGAGGAGUAUUAUAAAGCUGGGCCGGGGAUCCAGGAGGGAGAAAACCGUGAAGAGGAAGGAGACUGCGCACGACGUGCCCUCUGAUGCACGACUACAUACACAAGUGAGGGGUGCACCCGAGGGGAACCCUGUUUCUACGGAAGACGCACAGGAUGCGCAACUGCAUGUGGAAACCCAAACUCAAGAUGACACGCAACUUCCACAGACUAUGGUUGUGGUGGACAUGAAGCGGCGCAGUGAACCGUCGUCAGACGCGAGGCAAACGAGCAAAAAGUUGAAGAUAUCGGUCGUAGAAGAGAAUGUCGAUAUCGAAGGAUAAUAGGUCGAACAGGAAAGGGAACCUGUGAUUCUGCACUAUCUCAGCGGCUGAUGUACAUCGACUUGACGAGUACUAUCUGGGGUACCACUAGUUCUGUGCUUUCACCCUCACACGUGUCUCUAGACUGCAUACAAACGGACUUUGACUGACCUGGGCCUGGUAAUCUUCUAUUUCUCCGCAC